AUGGUGUUCAAGCUGAACAAUCAGUUGCUCUCAAGGAUGGCCAUCGGCGACGGCCACGGAGAGAACAGCUCCUACUUCGACGGCUGGAAGGCCUACGACAGCGACCCCUACCACCACCAGAAUAACCCCGACGGCGUAAUCCAAAUGGGUCUCGCCGAAAACCAGCUCUGCUUCGACAAGGUUGAAGAAUGGCUCAAGAAAAACCCUGCUGCCUCCAUUUGCACCCCCGAAGGCGUCGCCGGGUUCAAGGACGUAGCCAUCUUUCAGGACUACCAUGGAUUGCCGCAGUUCCGAAAUGCGGUGGCGAAGUUUAUGGGGAAAGUGAGGGGAGACAGAGUGAGCUUCGACCCUGAUAGAAUCGUGAUGGCGGGUGGAGCCACCGGAGCUCAUGAGACCGUCGCUUUCUGCUUGGCGGAUCCCGGCGAAGCUCUGCUUGUGCCCACCCCAUACUACCCAGGGUUCGAUCGCGAUUUGAGGUGGAGGACGGGAGUCCAGCUCGUGCCGAUCGAAUGCGACAGCGCGAACAACUUCAAGCUGAGGAUGGAGGAUCUGGAAGCCGCCUACGAGAUGGCGAAGCUUAACAACAUUCGAGUCAAGGGACUGCUGCUGACCAACCCAUCCAACCCGCUGGGGACGAUUCUCGACGGCGACACAUUGAGGAACAUCGCCGCCUUCACCAACGAGAACAACAUUCACCUGAUCUGCGACGAGAUCUACUCCGCCACCGUCUUCGGCAAGCCCGACUACGUCAGCAUCGCCGAGAUCGUCGACGAGGACCGGAAGAGCGGCCGCAACGGGCUCAACCUGGACCUGAUCCACAUAGUCUACAGCCUAUCCAAGGACAUGGGCUUCCCGGGCCUGCGGGUGGGGAUAGUCUACUCCUACAACGACGUCGUGAUGAACUGCGCGCGGAAGAUGUCGAGCUUUGGGCUUGUCUCGGCCCAGACCCAGCACAUGAUCGGGUCCAUGCUGUCCGACCAGGAGUUCGUGGAGGAGUUUCUCGGGGCGAACCGGGCCAGGCUGGCGGAGCGGCACGGGGCUUUUACGGGCGGGUUGGGCCGGGUCGGGAUCCGGUGCCUGAGAUCCAGCAACGCUGGGCUUUUCGUGUGGAUGGAUCUGCGGCGGCUGCUGAAGGAGCAGAGCGUGGAGGCGGAGACGGCGCUGUGGCGGGUGAUAAUCAACGAGGUGAAGCUGAAUGUCUCGCCGGGGAGUUCGUUCCACUGCUCGGAGCCGGGUUGGUUCCGGGUCUGCUUCGCGAACAUGGACGACGAGACGAUGGAGGUGGCGCUGGGGAGGAUUAGGGCUUUUGUGGCGAAGCACAAGGAGGCGAUGAAGCCGGCGAGGAAGCUCUGCGCGCAGAGCAGCUUGAAAUUGAGCUUCUCCGGCAGGAUUUACGACGAAUUUAUUAUGUCUCCGAGGUCGCCGAUCCCUCAAUCGCCGCUGGUUCGAGCCAGAACUUAA